UUAUAUUGCGAACCAGCGUAAAUUAGAAAGUAUCAAUGACAACGAAGUUGGAUUUUAUGUUGGACUUAAAAAUUUGACUGUGGUGGAUUCAGGUUUACGCUUUGUGUCCCGGCAGGCAUUUGUGAAAAAUGUCAACCUACAAUACAUCAACUUGUCCAGAAACAAGCUGUCAAGUUUGUCCAAGAAGCCUUUUCGCCAUCUGGGUUUGUCUGAUCUGAUUUUGGUGGGUAAUCCAUUCAAGUGUUCCUGUGAAAUUAUGUGGAUCAAGAAAUUUGAAGAGGCCAAGUUCUACACAGAAACUCAGGAUUUAUAUUGCACAGAUGACAACAACAAGAGGACAGCUUUGCUGGAUAUGAGGAUUCCAAACUGCGACCUGCCCUCAGCAAAUUUAAGCAAUUACAACCUCACUGUCGUGGAAGGAAAGAGCAUCACUCUGUAUUGUGAUACUACUGGAGGGCCACCCCCUAAUGUGUCCUGGGUGGUAACUAAUCUUGUUUCAAAUCAUGAGAGUGACACAAGCAAGAAUCCUGCCUCGCUAACCAUAAAAAACGUUUCAUCCAUGGACAGUGGACUGUGGAUUUCUUGUGUAGCAGAGAACAUUGUGGGAGAGGACCAGGCAUCGGCCGAGCUCACGGUGUUCUUUGCACCAAAUAUCACAUUUAUUGAAUCUCCAACCCCGGACCACCACUGGUGCAUUCCAUUCACUGUGAAAGGGAACCCUAAACCCACACUGCAGUGGUUCUAUGAAGGGGCUAUCCUGAAUGAGUCUGAAUACAUCUGUACUAAAAUACAUGUUAUCAAUCAAAGUGAAUACCAUGGCUGCCUUCAGUUGGACAACCCUACCCACCUGAACAAUGGUGCUUAUACACUACUGGCAAAGAACGAGUACGGAGAGGAUGAAAAGCGGGUUGAUGCUCAUUUCAUGUCAGUGCCUGGAGAUGGUAGUGGCCCAAUUGUGGAUCCAGACGUUUAUGAAUAUGAAACCACACCUAAUGACCUUGGAGACACCACAAAUAACAGUAAUCAAAUCACUUCUACGGAUGUUUCCAACAAAGAGAAUGAAGAUAGCAUCACUGUUUAUGUUGUGGUAGGAAUUGCAGCACUUGUGUGCACUGGCUUAGUGAUAAUGCUAAUUAUUCUGAAGUUUGGAAGACACUCAAAGUUUGGGAUGAAAGGUCCUUCUUCAGUAAUUAGCAAUGAUGAUGAUUCAGCAAGUCCCCUCCAUCACAUCUCAAAUGGCAGCAACACUCCAUCUUCUUCUGAGGGGGGUCCAGAUGCAGUCAUCAUCGGAAUGACUAAGAUUCCCGUCAUUGAAAAUCCUCAGUACUUUGGGAUUACUAACAGUCAGCUCAAGCCAGAUACCUUUGUUCAGCACAUCAAGCGCCACAAUAUCGUUCUUAAAAGAGAACUGGGAGAAGGAGCCUUUGGGAAAGUCUUUCUGGCUGAAUGCUAUAACCUCUGUCCCGAGCAGGACAAGAUCUUGGUGGCAGUGAAGACGCUGAAGGAUGCCAGUGACAAUGCCCGGAAGGACUUCCACCGUGAGGCAGAGCUGCUUACAAACCUGCAGCAUGAGCACAUUGUCAAGUUCUACGGCGUCUGUGUCGAGGGCGAUCCACUCAUCAUGGUCUUUGAGUAUAUGAAGCACGGAGAUUUGAACAAAUUCCUCAGGGCACACGGACCAGAUGCAGUACUGAUGGCAGAAGGGAACCGUCCCGCAGAGCUGACCCAAUCCCAGAUGCUCCACAUUGCUCAGCAGAUUGCUGCUGGUAUGGUUUACCUGGCAUCACAGCACUUCGUACAUCGGGAUCUUGCUACCCGGAAUUGCCUGGUUGGUGAGAACCUGCUGGUGAAGAUUGGGGAUUUUGGGAUGUCUAGAGAUGUGUACAGCACAGACUACUAUCGGGUUGGGGGCCACACCAUGCUACCCAUUCGUUGGAUGCCUCCAGAGAGUAUCAUGUACAGGAAGUUUACCACAGAAAGUGACGUCUGGAGCCUGGGGGUUGUUUUAUGGGAAAUCUUUACCUAUGGCAAACAGCCAUGGUAUCAGCUCUCAAACAACGAGGUGAUUGAGUGCAUCACUCAGGGCCGAGUCCUGCAGCGACCUCGCACAUGCCCCAAGGAAGUGUAUGACUUGAUGCUGGGCUGUUGGCAACGAGAGCCUCACAUGAGGCUCAACAUCAAAGAAAUCCAUUCCCUUCUCCAGAACUUGGCCAAGGCAUCUCCAGUCUACCUGGAUAUUUUAGGCUAACGCCUCCUAGCAUUUCUUCUUAUGGGCUGCGUGAAUGAAUGUGUUCAACUGCCGCUGAACUCCAUUAAAAUGUGUUCUUAACUUUGACAGUAUUAAUUACAAAGUUGUGGAGAAGCUUUCAAAGGGCAAGCAAUGUGCACUUCUCCAUCUGUAGACACAGUACUGACGUUUAAGACAUUAUUGAGACAUAUCUCUUUUCUCUCUCUCUGUCUUUCAGUUUCUAUCAUUUUUUCUCUCUUCUCUCUUUCUAAUCAAUUUGGCUUCUGCAUUAUUGUAACUCUGCAUAGACAAAGGCCUUAAAAACCUGAUCUGUUAUAUCAGCAGACUCUCCAGUUUGCCCACCACAACUAACAAUGCCUUGUUGUAUUCAUGCCUUUGAUGUGGAUGAAAAAAGGGAAAAAUAUAUUUGACUCGAACUUUGUGAUUUCUGCUGUACAGAUACUGGGAGUUUCUAUGGAUUCACCUCAAUUUUUUUGCUUCAGCAUGUGGGUGGA